ACGGAGUAUCCGGACAAGAAGGUGGUUCUGAUCCACUCCAGAAUAGGACUGGCGGACCCAGUGAUGAUGCCUCAUGUCAGACAGCAGGCCAAAGAGGUUCUGCUGGAGAAGGGGGUGGAGCUGCUGCUGGGUCAGAAAGUAAACGAGCUGUCGGAGCUGCAGCUCAACAAGACCCAGAAGAACAUGCAGGUGAGACUGGACAGUGGUGAGACGCUGACCACCGACCUGAUCAUCUCCUGCACCGGACUCAGGAUCAACUCUGCCGCCUACAGCUUGGGUCUCAUGAGCAGCAUGUCUGACACUGGAGCUCUGAGGGUCAACCAGUAUCUGCAGGUCCACGGAUUCACCAACAUCUUUGCUGUCGGCGACUGCAGCGACACCCAAAAGCCCAAGACAGCGUACCUCGCGGGGCUCCAGGGGCCUGUUGCCGUCACCAACAUCCUCAACGGUCUGAGGGGGGCGGAGCUGAAACCGUACCUUCCAGGCAACGUCAGCAUGCUGGUGGCGAUGGGCCGGAAUGAUGGCGUGGGUCAGUUUAACGGCUACAGGCUGCCCCGCUUCCUCGUGACCUGGGGGAAGAGCCGUGACCUGCUGCUGUGGAUGAGUUGGAAGGAGAUGCAACAGACCCAGCCUCAGUCCUGACCUCAAGAACCCAAAUAUAACCUCCAGGACCUCAAAAGUACCUGCAGAACACAGCUACAACCUACAGAACCCAACCAGAACCUACAGAACCCAGCCACAACCUGGAGAACCCAGCAACAAUCUACAGAACACAGCAACAAACCUGAAGAACCCAGCCACGAUCUGGACAACCCAGCUACCACCUGGAGAACCCAGCCAAAACCUACAGAACCCAACCACAACCUGAGGAACCCAGCUACAAUCUACAGAACCCAGCCACAAUCUAAAGAACCCAGUUACCACCUGAAGAACCCACCCAAAACCUACAGAGCUCAGCCACAACCUACAGAACUCAGCCAAAAUCUAGGGAACCCAGCUACCACCUGGAAAACCCAGUUACCACCUGGAGAACCCAACUACCAAUGGAGAACCCAGCUACCACUGGAUAACUCUGCUACCAUUGUAGAAGCCAGCUACCCCCUGGAGAACUGAGCUAACACUGGAGAAGCCAGCUACCACUUGGAGAAUCCAGCUACCAUUGGAGAAGCCAGCAUUCCACUGGAGAACUGAGCUACCACUGGAGAACUGAGCUACCACCUGAAAAACCCAGUUGCCACCUGGAGAACACAGUUGCCACCUGGAGAACCCAGUUAUCACCUGGAGAACCCAGCCAAAACCUACAGAGUCCAGCCACAACCUAAAGAACUCAGCCACAAUCUAAAUAACCCAGCUACCACCUGGAGAACCCAACUACCAAUGGAGAACCCAGCCAGCACCUGGAGGACCCAGAUACAAUCUACAGAACACAGCAACAAACCUGAAGAACCCAGCCACGAUCUGGACAACCCAGCUACCACCUGGAGAACCCAGCCAAAACCUACAGAACCCAACCACAACCUGAAGAACCCAGCCAAAACCUACAGAACCCAACCACAACCUGAAGAACCCAGCUACAAUCUACAGAACCCAGCCACAAGCCACAGUCUGCGCCAUUUUCUUUCACAUAAAAAAGGAGCAAAUUUAACAUUUUCUGCUUCCUUCAUUCAGACCAUCAUGGUCUUUAAAUUAUGAUUAUGCCCUGUGUUGUGUUGUUGUUUUCUAGGACAUAGUUUCUGCAGAGCAGCAAGACUUUAUUAGAUUUUCACCUCUGAGUUUGGAGGCUAGACCAUUGGGGUGGAGUAACAUCUCCCCACCCCGACAUCCAUCUGUUUACACACUCUCCUGCUAGAUCAUGGGCCCUCUAGGCCCCAACCUAACAUUAGUAGAGCAACAAAUAUAUGGAAUUUGGAACUAUCCAGCUGUACAGUUUUGAACCGGAUCCAAGCUCGUACGAGGAAUACAAAGACGUACAAGGAUUUAGACGUUUACAAGUCCAAGACUGUAGAACCUAUGUCACUACAAGCUUUUUCCAACUGGAGUUUUUCGUCUGCUCCUAAAUCUCAACAAUUUGAAUAAAGAAAUACUCAAAAAU